ACAUCGUUUUUUAUUUUUCAUAUUGAAUUUUCAAUAAAUAAUUAAGAUUCAUCACUUAAUUAUUUGUAGCAGAUGUCAUUGUUUAAAUAAGUACUGUGCUUUUAGUGAAAACGCAUCUCCAAUAGAAAAAGAAAGAAGUUUGCUGUACUUAAAUAGAAAAUGGGGCGAAAGGUUGUGGUAGCAGUAUGUACACUGAACCAGUGGGCUUUAGACUUCGAAGGCAAUUUAAACAGAAUACUGGACUCUAUUCAAGAAGCGAAAGAAAUGGGCGCCCGCUACAGAACUGGUCCAGAGCUAGAAAUAUGCGGUUACAGUUGUGAAGAUCAUUUCCACGAGCCAGACACGUUCCUACACAGCUGGCAGGUUCUCGCAAAACUUCUUAGCUCGCCAACUUGCAAAGACAUUCUCAUAGACGUGGGCAUGCCCGUACAGCACAGAAAUGUCUCCUACAACUGUAGAGUCGCGUUUUUCAACAAGAAGAUACUGCUCAUCAGACCAAAGAUGAUCUUGUGUGACGAUGGGAAUUACAGAGAAUCCAGAUGGUUCUCGUGCUGGACGAAAGAACGCCAAAUAGAGGAGUAUUAUCUCCCAAGAAUGAUAUCGUCGAUAACAGAACAAACGACUGUACCAAUCGGAGAUGCGGUCCUGUCCACUCGUGAUACGUGCAUAGGCUUUGAAAUUUGCGAGGAACUUUGGAAUCCACGCAGUCGACACAUUCCCUUAGGUUUGGACGGCGUUGAAAUCAUAUCGAACGGAUCGGGCAGCUACAUGGAGCUGCGGAAGGCGUACGUCACGGUCGAUUUGGUUAAAAAUGCCACCUUCAAGAGCGGAGGUGCUUACUUGUUCAGCAAUUUGCGAGGGUGUGACGGCCAGAGAAUAUAUUUCAACGGGUGCUCGUGUGUCGCGGUAAACGGACAGAUCGUGAGCAGGGGACUCCAGUUUGCUUUGACCGAUGUGGAGGUCGUAACGGCUACGAUAGAUCUGGAAGACAUAAGGUCGUACCGCGCACAGAUCCGCUCGCGAUGCCACCUCGCCGCGUCCAACCCGCCGUUUCCGCGAAUCAGCGUGGAGUUCGCGCUUUCGGAAGAUGAUGAUUACCACUUGAUCGCCAGUCCGCCAGUCGAAUGGAAAUACUUGACUCCGGAGGAGGAAAUUGAAUUAGGUCCCGCGUGCUGGCUGUGGGACUAUCUCCGGCGGUCGGGGCAGGGGGGGUUCUUCCUGCCGUUGAGCGGCGGCGUGGACUCCACCAGCACCGCCUGCAUUGUCUACUCCAUGUGCACGCAGAUCUGCGAGGCCGUGCAGAAAGGAGAUAACCAAGUUCUGUUCGACGUGCGCAAGAUCCUGUGUCAGUCGGACUACGCGCCGUCGGACCCCAUGGAGCUGUGCAACCGACUGCUGGUCACCUGCUACAUGGCCACUGAGAACUCCAGCCAGGAGACCAAGCAACGCGCCUCGCAGCUGGCGAGCGAGAUCGGCAGCUACCACUUCCCGGUGGUGAUCGACUCGGCGGUGAGCGCGGUGCUCGGCAUCUUCACCGCCGCCACCGGCCUCGUGCCCAAGUUCCGCGCCCAGGGCGGCUGUCCCCGACAGAACCUCGCGCUACAGAAUAUACAGGCGCGGCUCCGCAUGGUGGUGUCGUACCUGCUGGCGCAGCUGAUGCUGUGGGCGCGCGGGCGGCCCGGCGGCCUGCUGGUGCUGGGCUCCUCCAACGUGGACGAGGCGCUGCGCGGCUACGUCACCAAGUACGACUGCUCCAGCGCCGACGUCAACCCCAUCGGCGGCAUCUCCAAGACCGACCUCAAGGCCUUCCUAGUGUACGCCAAGAACCGGUUCUUCCUACCGUCGCUAUCGGAGAUCCUGGGCGCGCCACCGACGGCGGAGCUGGAGCCACUGGCCGGCGGGCAGGUGGCGCAGACGGACGAGGCGGACAUGGGCAUGACGUACGCGGAGCUCGCCGAGUUCGGCCGCCUGCGCAAGACGCUCAACUGCGGCCCCUACUCCAUGUUCCAGAAACUCGCGCACGCCUGGGCCGGCAAGUGCACGCCUCAUGAGGUGGGCGAGAAGGUGAAGCACUUCUUCCGGUGCUACGCGAUCAACCGGCACAAGUCGACGGUGCUGACGCCCGCCUGCCACGCCGAGGCGUACGCGCCCGACGACAACCGCUUCGACCACCGCCCCUUCCUAUACCGCGUGCACUGGAACUGGCAGUUCCGGUGCAUCGAUGACGCGGUGGCACAAAUGUCGCAGGAGCGGCGUAGCGUGAGUGAGGCGAAGCAGGAGGCGGGGCAGUCCAACAUCGGGCACUUCACCGCGCGCUGCGAGAGGAAGGGCGUGCUGAUAUAAACUGCCCCAUAUAAAAAUACGAAUACGUACCUUUUUAUACUUACGAAAACAUUUCAAACUAAACUAACUGCCGCACUCAGAGUGGAACAUUAAUUACU